AUGGACGAAGACCUUGCAACAAUUUCUUGGAGAAGUGUCGAAUGGAUUCAAGAGAGACCAGAGGGACUUAAUGACGAUAAUGUUCUGGAUUAUUUUGCCGAAUCACCAUUUUGGGAUGCUCAAUGUAAUAAUGCAACCUUAAAAAUGCAAACGCAAUAUAAUGACCUUAAAGAAUUUAAGACAUUUUUGAACCCUAUUGCUACAUAUUACAUUUUGAACAAUAAUAUUUAUCAGGCACCUGAUUUAUAUUCAGUCAUAGGGAGUCGUAUACUGACAAGUUUACAUCAUUUACAUAUUGCCUUUAAUACUGCUCACCAAGAAGUAGAAUUUCAUCCAGCAACAGGGUAUACAUGGAAAGGGGAGGCCGAUUCUAAUUCUGCAUUGCGUAGAAGUAAAAUUCAAGACCCAAAAGAAUUAAUAGAAUUUCAUAGUUCCAUCGAAAGAACUAUUAAUAAUGUUACGAUGAAAAUGCAUCAGCAAUUAUCUCAGGCUAUUAUUCAAACUGAAGAAGAUAAUACAUUAGCUAUUAAUGAAUUAAACGAUUUGUUAAUUAGUGGUACUCCUGGUGAAAUGAGCGAUCAGUCACCUAGCCAGUCUUCAUCACAACCUAUGGUUAUAGAUCAAAUGGGAAAAAGAAGGAAAAAAAGCGAAGAUUCUGGAAAAAAGAAAAAGAAGAAACAAUCUGGUUAA